AACAACAAUAACGUGCAUUGAUUUGCAACAAAGCCGAAAGAAAAAAAAAAAGAAAACAUUUACAAAUAAACAAAGGCAAACAGAAGAAUGUUUUCAAGUGAAAAGAACGCACAACUUUAACUUAGCUAUAAGUAGUUAUUCAUAAAGAGCAAUAACAGCUAACAAAUAACAACAACAACAGCAACAGCAACAACAACAACAAGAGAAGCGAACGGCAGCAACAGUGAAAGAAAAAAUUCAUUGCAUCUAUUCAGGCGCAUAAGGAAAAUGAGCGCAAAGAUGACACGCUACAAACAGACCGAAUUUACGGAAGAUGAUUCAAGUUCAAUUGGCGGCAUUCAGCUUAACGAGGCGACCGGCCACACCGGCAUGCAGAUACGCUAUCACACGGCGCGGGCCACCUGGAAUUGGCGUUCGAGAAAUAAGACCGAAAAAUGGCUGCUGAUCACAACUUUUGUGAUGACUAUUGUCAUCUUAACGCUGCUCACCAUGAUACUAUCGAAUAGUUCCGAUAAUACCAAUCACGUAGUGCACGUUCAGCCACAUAAGAAGGAUUGCUUGACGGCGGAUGAGUUGCCCUGCCUGAACGAGCACUGCAUCUUUGCGUCGAGCGAGAUCUUGAAAUCCAUAGAUGCGAGCAUCGAUCCCUGCGAUGACUUCUAUGGCUAUGCUUGCAAUCAAUGGAUCAAAAACAAUCCCAUACCGGAGGGCAAGUCCACCUGGGGCACAUUUGGCAAGCUGGAGCAGAUGAAUCAGCUGAUCAUUCGUAACGUGCUGGAGAAGCCAGCGAAGACGUUCAAGUCGGAGGCGGAGCGCAAGGCCAAGGUCUACUAUGAGUCCUGCCUGGAUGUGGAUGAGCACAUGGAGAAACUGGGCGCCAAGCCAAUGAUCGAUCUGCUGAAGCAAAUUGGUGGCUGGAACGUGACGCAGACCGGCUUCAAUGUGACCAACUGGAAGCUGGGCAAUACCCUGAAAAUACUGCACAACAAAUAUAAUUUCAAUUGCCUCUUUGGCUGGGCCAUUGGGGAGGAUGACAAGAACUCGACCCGCCAUGUCAUACAGAUCGAUCAGGGCGGCUUGACGUUGCCAACCGCCGACUACUACAACAACAAGACGGACAUCCAUCGCAAGGUGCUCAGCGAGUACAUCGAGUACAUGACCAAGGUGUGUGUGCUCCUGGGCGCCAACGAGACCACAGCACGCAUCCAGAUGGAGGCGGUGAUCAAUUUUGAGAAGAAGCUGGCCAACAUCACCAUACCGAUGGAGGACCGACGCAACGAGGAGGCCAUGUAUCAUCCCAUGAAGCUGAAGGAUCUCAUUAAGCUGGCGCCAUUCCUCAACUGGACGGAUCACUUCGACAAUGCCUUGCAAAUGGUGAACAGGCGCGUCACCGAUGAGGAAAUUGUCGUCGUCUAUGCGCCCGAUUUUCUCAAGAACCUCUCCAACAUCAUCCUGAACAUGCAAAAAACGGAUGCGGGCAAAAUCACGCUGAACAACUAUCUGAUUUGGCAGGCGGUGCGCACGCUGACCAGCUGCUUGUCGAAGCCCUUCCGGGAUGCGUACAAGGGCGUGCGCAAGGCGCUGAUGGGCUCCGAUGGCGGCGAGGAGGUCUGGCGCUAUUGCGUCUCUGAUACGAACAAUGUGAUUGGUUUUGCCGUGGGCGCGAUAUUCGUGCGUCAGGCAUUCCAUGGCGUGUCCAAGCCAGCGGCGGAGCAAAUGAUUGGCGAGAUACGUGAGGCCUUCAAAAUGAACCUACAGAACCUCAGCUGGGUGGACAAGCAGACGCGCGAGCGCGCCAUUGAGAAGGCCAACGAGAUCUCAGAUAUGAUCGGCUUUCCCGACUACAUCCUCAACUCCGAGGAGCUGGACAAGAAGUAUGAGGAGCUGAAUAUCACAGCGAAUGCGUACUUCGAGAACAACAUCCAGGUGGCCAUCUACAAUCUGAAGAGCAAUCUGAAGCGACUGGACCAGCCGGUGAAUAAGACCAAUUGGGGCAUGACACCGCAAACGGUGAAUGCCUACUAUACGCCCACCAAGAAUCAAAUCGUCUUUCCCGCCGGCAUCCUGCAAACGCCCUUCUUCGACAUCAACAACCCCAAAAGCCUGAACUUUGGCGCCAUGGGCGUGGUCAUGGGCCACGAGCUGACCCAUGCCUUCGACGAUCAGGGCCGGGAGUACGAUAAGUUCGGCAACAUCAAUCGCUGGUGGGAUGCCAAGAGCAUCGAACGCUUCAACGAGAAGGCCGAGUGCAUUGCCAACCAGUACAGUGGCUACAAGCUCAACGGACGCAAUCUGAACGGCAAGCAGACAUUGGGCGAGAACAUAGCCGACAAUGGUGGCUUGAAGGCGGCCUAUCAUGCCUAUAUGAAGACCAAGCUCGAUAAGAAUGCGGACGUUCUGAAGCUGCCCGGCCUGAACUUGACGCAUCCCCAGCUCUUCUUUGUCUCCUUUGCACAGGUCUGGUGCUCCAGCACCACAGAUGAGACCAAUUUGCUGCAAAUGGAAAAAGAUCCCCACUCGCCGUCACAGUUCCGGGUCAUUGGCACACUGUCCAACAUGAAGGAGUUCGCCGAUGUCUUCAACUGCAAGGCCGACACUCGCAUGAAUCCGACCAAGAAGUGUGAAGUCUGGUAAAGCGAUCAAUUCGAAACUCAGAUCUCACAAUCUAUUUUUCCCACACACACACACACACACAAACGAGACAAGUUGAAAUAUCAAAGAGAAGAAUUUUACAAACCGCCGCUCAAAGAAGAAAAACUAAUAACAACACCAACUACUACUCGCAAAGGCAAUGUUUGAUUGCCAUGUAGCUUAGAUAGUUAUUUCGUUCCGAAUGUGAGCUAAAUGUCCUUUCGUUGCCAAUCGAUGGGCCUGCAAAGUGAUGAGAGAGCCCAAGGAAUCCCAAGAAUUGUAAAAGUCUAUUCAAGCCUUUUGUGGGAUCUGUCGUAAUUCCAUAUAUGCCAGAUGUAUGAUGUAUGUAGUGGCUUACAGGUCCAUUCACUAGUUAUAUAGUCGAAGGCAAUCUACUGCCACAAAUUGAACUGAAGUUAUAUAAAGUUUUUGUUUAUAGAAAAUAGGAGACAUGACAGAUCAUAUAAAAUUUGAAUAUGCUUGAUCAGAAUGAUUCUUAUAUUAUAUCUAUCUUAUUCAACUAUAAAUAUCCGAUUCAUAAGCACAGUCUGAGGUAUCGCCUAGUCGGUUCCUCCCGACUCAAGUAUUAUUAUAUGUUUUUUUUUUUAUACAGUUCAAUUUGUUGCAGCUUAUCGUCUUAGACUCUAUGACUAACUAGUGAGUGGGCCUGUAACUCAGCAUCUAUAUCUUAGAUCCACACUUCAUUCUACCUUUUUCCAGUCGACAAUACUUUAUGCUCCUUGGGUUACCCUGUGGUCCACAGUUUGGGAAAAAUAUUCCUAGAGUUCGUCUGUAGCUCGAUGUGAACUGAAUCUGUUUCGCGACUGUGGCAAUUGCUAGAUCCCCAUCUAACCCGGAGAUCCUCAGAAACCAGUCAGCCUCAGUUCAUUCUCAAAGCACUUGGAUGGAGAUAUUCCUCAUAGUGAGGUUGCAACUACAAUAACCUAACUAUUCUCGGCUUUGAUUAUCGAAUUCACUAGGACUCUUUUAGUUUACUGUAGCUCUGAUAAGAGAUAUAUAGAGAUUUCAAAUGCUUUGCAAGCCCAUAUAUACGAUUCUUGCGGCUAGCCGCGGUCAAUUUUGAUUUGUAUUAUUUAGUACUAAA